AUGGAGAAGGAGAGGAAGCAGGGGUUCUUCGCCGCUCUGAAGGAGGAGGUGGUGCGGGGGCUGUCGCCGGCGAGGUCCCGCGGGAAGACCCCGGCCAGGAGCGCGUCGCCGGCAAGAAUGCUGAUCCCGCGCCGUCGCAAGGCGCCGCCGCCGCCGCCGGAGAAGCAGAUGGAGCAGCAGCAGUACCUGCCGGAGCAGCUUAUAGCGCGCUCUGGCAGCCUCCGGCCGGGCGGCGAGGUGCUCGAGCCGCUCAUUGAGGGCCCCGACGCCGACCGCCUCGCCGCCGGCGACUUCGUCGGAGAGGACUCCGGCCGGCGGGAGGGGUUCGGGCACUGGGUCCGCGGCCACCUGACGCGCACUCCGUCCAUGGCUUCCGCCUCCUCCGCCGGCCCCGGCGGGUCCAGCGGCUCGUUCCGGCACUCCGACCUCCGCCUCCUCCUCGGCGUCAUGGGCGCGCCGCUCGCGCCCAUCUCCUCCAACCUGGCCGACCCGCUGCCCCUCCUCUCCAUCAAGGGCACCCCCAUUGAGUCGUCGUCCGCGCAGUACAUCCUGCAGCAGUACAUGGCGGCGUCCGGCGGCUACAAGAUGCUGCAGUCGGUGAGGAACGCGUACGCCAUGGGCAAGGUGCGCAUGGUGGCGUCCGAGUUCGAGACGGCCACGCGCGUCGUCAAGAACCGCGGGCCCAGCGGCCGCGGCGCCGCCGCCGUCGAGCAGGGCGGCUUCGUGCUCUGGACGAUGGCCCCCGGCAUGUGGUACGUGGAGCUCGCCGUCGGCGGCAGCAAGGUCCACGCCGGCUGCAACGGCCGCCUCGUCUGGCGCCACACCCCCUGGCUCGGCGCCCACGCCGCCAAAGGCCCGGUCCGCCCCCUCCGCCGCGUCCUGCAGGGCCUUGAUCCGCUGACGACGGCCGGGCUGUUCGCGGAGGCGCGGUGCGUGGGAGAGAAGAAGGUGAACGGCGAGGAGUGCUUCAUCCUGAAGCUGUCGGCGGACCCGCAGACGCUGAAGCUGCGGAGCGAGGGGCCGGCGGAGAUCAUCCGGCACGUGCUGUUCGGCUACUUCAGCCAGCGGACGGGGCUGAUGGUGCACAUCGAGGACUCGCACCUGACCCGCGGCCGCAGAGCGCGCCCACGUCAAUGCCGGCGCCGGAGGCCGCGGCGAGAAGAUCGUGUGGAGAGUGGAGGUGUGAGGAGCGGACUCAGACUCAGAGUGAAGAAGAAUUAG